UCCGCGGUUGCCAGAGCGACCACAAACGCUGGAUAUUGUGAAUAAAAAUGUUAACAUAAAUGAGAAUAAUAAACAACAUGAAAAACAUGUAAACAACAUGAAUUCAGAUCGUAACAAUAGAACUAAUAGGGAAAAUUACGGGAAGAAUUCCCGGAAUACCAUGGAAAGGACUCCAGUUCCAGGAUGGAGUGAUGCAACAAGUCCGGAUAGUCCGGAAGUACAAAUGAAUUGCUAUGCAGAAACUUAUUUGAAAGAUAAGCCGCUUCCUAACUAUCCAGAUAGACGAUUGGGGGGAAAACAGUAUCCCCCUCCAAGUUAUCAUGCAACAGUGGAUUGCAAACGAGGUUCUCCUAGAAAUAGGACAUCAGGUUAUUCAAGUGACAACAGAUCUGGAUAUGGAAGUGACAGGGAACGAUCUCCUUAUCCAAACAAAUACCCGGGGUACAUUGAAAGAGAUAGGUCAGGAUACUUCAGUGAUAGGGAAAGGGGCUACCAAAGUGAUAGGGAAAGGUCUGGUUAUUUCAGUGAUAUGGAGCGUGCUGGUUUCUAUGGUCACAGAGAUAGGUAUGGUUACAAUGGUGACAGAGAACGGGCAAACCAUUUAAAGAAUGGUUAUCAUAGCGACAGGGAAGGACCUUCAGGUUACUAUAGUGACAGGGAACGAUAUUCAGGUUACCAAAGUGACAGAGAUCGACCGUCAGGUUAUUCAACUGACUGGGAAAGGUCAAUGUACCGUCAGACGCACAGCAAUCGGAGUUCCCCGACCAGGAAUUCUCCUCAGUUUGGUCCUGCACAUGGAAAUUCUAUUAGAAACUAUGGUCAAAUACUGAACCGAUUAGACAAUGUGAAAAUAGGAUCUCGAAGUCCACAGCCACCAUCACCGCUGACAAGAAGACCAGGUGACAAUGGUGGCCAUUCUCCACAGAUACCAAGUUAUGAUCAAGCGAUGAGAACGAGGCAACCAGGUGGUAAUCAAUCUAAUAACUGGAGGCAGCAGGUCAUGUCACAUAUUGAUAGAAAAGGAGCUGAUCAUUCAAUUAGGGAAUCUCCCGUCGGUUCACCGUCUCGGUAUGAACAAGCACAGGCAUAUAAGAACGAUUUACGACUCCGAAUGAUGAAGCAAAGACAACUAUUAGAUGUUGAUGAUGUACCGAGUGAUCUUGGAAGUGAUGAUGUCUUUACACCAUCACCGUACAGGACAGAAUCUCCAUCAAGUUUUAGUAGAAGUCCUCAAUCACAACGAAGGAAUAUAGACGGAAGUCCCCAAAUGAAUAGUAAUAGAUCAAUGCCGCCUUCACCACCGACUCGUAGCAAACAACUCAGACCACAGCCUGGGAUGGUAGAUCCAAGACUUUCACCAAGACAGAGAUCGAGAGAACCACACAACCAACCUAGUGUAUAUGAAUAUGUGAUAUCAAAGAAUCCUGGCUUAGGAUUCAGUAUAGCUGGUGGCAUUGGAUCCCAGGGAAAUCCAUUCAGACCAAAUGAUCCUGGUAUAUUUGUGACUAAAGUUCAACCGGAAGGUCCAGCAGCAGGACUGAUCUAUCCUGGUGAUAAAUUACUCGAAGUGAGCGGUAUCGACUUCAGACAUGUUGACCACCAGCAGGCUGUCAUAGUGUUGAAAACGAACAAUCCUGUAAAGCUGGUCGUCAGCCGAGAAGAAGCUGCAUGAUAUGGACACAGUGCGUGAUGGUUGAAGACAUCAAAUCAGGAAUCAUCUCAAGUUUACGCAGUACAGGCAGGGAUCACCUCAAGUUUAUGCAUUAGGAACAGCUAAAACCAUAUAAAAUGUUUUUCCCCACUAAAACAAAAUAAUAAUGAAUUUCUGUGUAAUUUUUCUUAUUUUCUUCUACAUGAUAUCUAAUUCCCCCACAAAAAAAACAUAUAAAAGGACCAAGUCAAUGUAUUAUUUUUACAAAUACAUAUCAAUAUCAAUUCAGAAUCUGUUAAAGAUAUAUUUAUAAUUAAAACAAUCACCAGUCUCAUUUUCACAUGUCACUGCAGUUUAAAUGACCAAACUUUUAUUGAGCCAUUCAGUUGUCUAAUUAUUUUUAUCUGAAUAAUGUCACAAAUGUGCAGUUGUCAUGGGAACAUGUUCAUGAUGACAGUUCACCCAGAAUGUGAUCAGUUCACCCAGAAUGUGUUCAGUUCACCGGAAAUGAAUUUUCAAUAAUUUAAAUUAAAAAUCUGUGUCUGAUACAUAAAUAAACUUUAUUAUUUGGACCUUGU